AAAAAAUCCUUAUCAUUAUUUGAAACUAUGAUUCGUAAAAUAAGGGAGAAGGGAAAGGCCUGGUGCCAUUUGCCUCCAUGUGUGUAGGAGGAGCAAUAGCAAUCGGUGUAUAUAAAGAAGAGUCGCUAGCUCGCAUAUCAACAUUCAACAUGAAGCUCCUGAUUUUAUUAUUGGUGGUUGCCGUAUCUGCUGCCCCACAGGGGUACAACCUAGCCACUCCUUCUGGCCCAUCCUUUAACGCCGGGGGUUGUGGCGGUGGACAAGUUCGACACGUGGAUGGCAGCUGUGUCACACCUCAAGUAAACAGUCGUGUGUUCUUGUAUGAUGUGCCGGCAAAUCAAGCUUCGUCCAGUGGGCCAGCGUACGUUCCAAAACCUAAACUUGAACGCAAUAUUGUUUUCGUGAGACUUCCAGAAGGUGGUCAAGGACCCGAACCCAUCGUCGUUCCUCCUCCGAGGCAACAACACGUUUUGUUCGUACUUAACAAGCAGUCUGAACAAGGUCAGCAAGUGAUCGAGGUGCCAGCUCCACCACCUUCGGAUCCCGAAGUGUUCUUCGUGAACUACGCAGAAGGAGAGAACCCGACUCUUCCUGGUGGAGUAGACCUCCAAACGGCGCUGAGUGCUGCUUCUCAAGGUGGCGGUCAAGUCGUAGGAGGUGGUGGCAGUGGAGGUUCUGGUGGCGGCUUCGGAGGCGGAUUUGGAGGUGGAUUUGGAGGCGGCAGUGGAGGUGGAUUUGGAGGCGGCAGUGGAGGUGGAUUUGGAGGCGGCAGUGGAGGUGGAUUUGGAGGAGGAAUUGGAGGCGGCAGUGGAGGUGGAUCCGGUGGUGGAAGGCCUUCCACUCUAUACAGUGCACCAUAAACAGCAAAUAUAUUCUGUGAUUUAAAAUAAGUUGAUCCUAGAAAAUAAGAAGAUUUAGAUUUUGUUAUUAUUCAUCAAUAAAUACAUGAGUAUAUACAAAGAA